AUGAGUCCCAUAGCGACCAGCCUGACACUUUUCGCGACCUUUUUGCUGGUCCAUUGCUCGCCCACUCCGUUGCGCAGGAGCGAGGCUGAGGCUUUGGUUUCUCGCAGCUUCCCAGUCGCCCCUCACACCCUGCCAUUGAAGACUGUACAACGAGGCUCUCAUAGCUCCAAGCUUCGGCGCCAAUCAGAAAUCCUCAUAGAUCCAGGGUAUGAGAGCCACUUCUUGAUUGAGGUCUCUUUGGGUGGUCAGUCUGUCGGUCUCCUCGUCGAUACCGGGAGCUCCGACACCUGGGCCGUCACGACUGGCUUUGACUGCGACCCGGAGUUUGACUGUGCCUUUGGCGAUGCCAUCACAGUGAACAAGGCCUUUGAACUCUAUACAGACGCUGAAUUCCUCAUCAACUAUGUCGACGGCUCCUACGCGAGUGGCCCAUUGGCCAAUACGAGCGUGGACAUUGCCGGCAUCACUGUGGAAGAGCAAACCAUUGGCCUCGCCACCAAGGUUGGUAUCGUCGGGGACGGCGCAAUGACUGGCCUCAUCGGCCUGGCGUACCCAUGUCUCACUUCGGCGGUCGAGGGGGGACAACCAGUGAUAUACUCGUCGAUCAUCAACACCAUCUUCUACGAAGAGCUGACCGAGCCGCUCUUCUCCAUGGCCAUCUCUCGCGACGCCUCUGAGACUGGAUACGGCGGCUUUCUGACCAUCGGGGGCAUUCCCGACACCGAGGAUCCGCGGAUCAACGCCGUGGGAGACUUUGGCUCCGCCCCGGUCGAGGUCAACCCCGAGAUCCCAUCCUGUGGCGAUUACUUCACCCACUACACGAUCGUGCCCGACGGGGUAGCCUGGGCCGACGGCGCGGGAAAGUUCGCCGACGAGGACGCCACGCCUGCGUACUACGUGGUCGACUCGGGGGCGACGCUGUCGCGGUUCCCGCCCGCCAUUGCAAAGGCCGUCAACGCCCUCUUCGACCCGCCCGCCACCCUCAACUCGCAGGGCCUCUACGUCGUGUCCUGUGACGCCACCCUGCCCCAGCUGUCCCUGUUCGUCGGUGGCGUCGAGCUCCCCAUCAACCCGCUCGACCUGGUCUGGUUCUCCGGCACAACCUGCGUCUCGGGCGUGCAGAGCAUUCGGGGAGACACCGUCGUCGGCGUCAUCGGCGACAGCCUCAUGCGCAGCAUGCUCGUCGUCUUUGACUGGGGCGAGAGGAUGGUCCAUUUCGCCAGUCGGCCCGUGUAUGAUUCGUAG